AAUGCAGCGCCCCCACGAGGCCGGAGGAGAGCCAUACAUGCUGCACGUGGUCGGAAAAAAGAAAACAUGUAAAAAUUGACCAAAUAGCAGAGAAUAAAGCCCCGACCACUUCCGGGUGCUUAAACCUGGGCCUGGGACGCAGAUGACAACAAAGGUCACGUGUCCUCUCCUCCAUCCCCCACCGGCCCCUGCGCGCCGCCGAGCAUCUCCAUCUGCGGGCUUUUACGCACACAGUCUGCGUCUCGAAUCUCGCGCAUAUCCCGCAGCUUUCAGCACUGAUAAUCUCCGUGUCCAAGGGGACCAACACAGACAGGCCCGCAGACAUGUCCUCCGGGUCGGCCUUCAACGACGAGAAAGGCGGCUCCUCUAGUGUCGCGGAGCCCGAGUAUGGACACGACCCGGCGAGUGGAGGCAUCUUCUCCUCCGACUACAAAAGGCAUGAUGACUUGAAGGAGAUGUUGGACAGUAACAAGGAUUCACUGAAGCUGGAGGCCAUGAAGAGGAUUGUAGCUAUGAUCGCCCGAGGUAAAAAUGCGUCUGACCUCUUUCCGGCUGUGGUCAAAAAUGUGGCCUGUAAAAACAUUGAGGUGAAGAAGUUGGUGUACGUGUAUCUGGUGCGUUAUGCAGAGGAGCAGCAGGACCUGGCUCUUCUCUCAAUCUCCACAUUUCAGCGCGGCUUAAAGGAUCCAAACCAGUUGAUCCGGGCGAGUGCUCUGAGGGUCCUGUCCAGUAUCAGAGUGACCAUCAUCGUCCCCAUUAUGAUGCUGGCCAUAAAAGAGGCCGCCUCCGACAUGUCUCCGUACGUCAGGAAGACCGCAGCGCACGCUAUUCCCAAACUGUACAGCUUGGACCCUGAACAGAAGGAUCAGCUCAUUGAAGUCAUUGAGAAACUCCUCGCUGACAAAACUACGUUGGUGGCAGGCAGCGUGGUGAUGGCGUUUGAAGAGGUGUGUCCCGAGCGCAUUGACCUCAUUCACAAAAACUACAGAAAAUUAUGUAACCUGCUGAUCGACGUGGAGGAGUGGGGACAGGUGGUCAUCAUCAACAUGCUAACGCGCUACGCUAGGACGCAGUUUCUCAACCCAAACAUCAAUGAGUCUCUGCUCGAGGAGGGCAACACUGAAGGAAAGACAUUUUACGGCUCUGAUGAAGACGAGGAUGAGGAUGAGGAUGAGGAGGAGAAGGAGAAGAAGGCCGAGGCCCUGGCCAAAAGGAAACCGUACGUGAUGGACCCGGACCACAGACUUCUGCUUAGGAACACCAAACCUCUCCUACAGAGCAGGAACGCAGCCGUGGUGAUGGCCGUUGCACAGUUGUAUUUCCAUCUGGCUCCUAAAGCAGAGGUCGGAGUCAUCGCCAAAGCUUUGGUUCGUCUCCUCAGAAGUCACAGUGAGGUCCAGUUUGUUGUUCUUCAAAAUGUGGCUACCAUGACCAUCAAGAGGAGGGGAAUGUUUGAACCAUACUUGAAGAGUUUUUACAUUCGCUCCACAGAUCCGACACAGAUCAAAAUCCUCAAGCUGGAGGUUCUCACCAAUUUGGCAAAUGAAACCAACAUCUCCACUAUUCUCCGAGAGUUUCAGACGUACAUUAAAAGUAUGGAUAAAGACUUUGUGGCGGCGACUAUCCAAGCCAUCGGCCGCUGUGCCACAAACAUUGGAGAGGUGCGGGACACGUGUCUGAACGGACUGGUGCAGCUGCUGUCCAACAGAGACGAGCUGGUGGUGGCCGAAUCUGUGGUGGUGAUAAAGAAACUGCUCCAGAUGCAGCCGGAGAAACACAGUGACAUCAUCAAACACAUGGCCAAACUCAUCGACAACAUACAGGUGCCGAUGGCAAGGGCGAGUAUCCUGUGGCUGAUUGGGGAAUACUGUGAACACGUCCCAAAGAUCGCUCCCGACGUCUUGAGGAAAAUGGCCAAGUCUUUCACAAAUGAAGAGGACAUCGUCAAACUACAGAUCCUCAACCUGGCAGCGAAACUCUACCUCACGAACUCCAAACAGACCAAGCUCCUGACCCAGUAUGUUUUGAAUUUGGCGAAAUACGACCAAAACUACGAUAUCCGAGACAGAGCACGUUUCAUUCGUCAGCUCAUCGUCCCUACAGAGAAGAGUGGAGCCCUCAGUAAAUAUGCCAAGAAACUGUUCCUCGCCCUCAAACCGGCCCCUGUCCUCGAGUCUCCUUUUAAAGAUCGAGACCACUUCCAGUUGGGUUCUUUGUCCCAUCUGCUGAACGCCAAAGCUGGGGGGUACCAGGAGCUGCCCGACUGGCCCGAGUCCGCCCCCGACCCCUCCGUGCGCAACGUGGAGGUGAAGGAGUCUGUUCCUGAAUGGUCCAAAUGCAGUGCUCGGGAGAAGAGGAAGGAGAAGAAAGUGGAGAAGCCAUUUUACUCCGAUUCAGAGGGAGAGUCCGGGCCCACAGAGUCAGCUGACAGCGAGUCGGACAGUGGCAGUGGCUCAGAGAGUGCCAGUGGGUCUGAGGAGAGUGGAUCGGGAUCAGAGAGUGAUGAAGAGGAGAGUGAUGAAGGCUCGGAUGAAGAGGAGGAAGAAGAGGAGCCCAAACUCACCAAGAAGAAAAUGCAGGAAGUGAAAAAACCUGUACACCAGAGUGAGAGUGAGCAGAGCAGUGAGGAGGAGAGGAAACCACAGAGAAAACCAAAAAGCAGAAAGAUGAGUGAGUCAGAGUCAGAGUCAGAGGAGAGUGAGUCUGAGUCUGACGAGUCUGAGUCCGAUGAGUCUGAGUCUGAGCCAGAGACCAGGAAGAAAAAGAAGGUUGAGUCAAAGCCUUCAAAACCAGUAAAAAAAGAAACAAAGAAGGAAAGUAAAAAAGAGAUGUCUCUGCUCGACCUGGACGACUUCGAGCCGGCCCACUCUCCACAGGUGACCCCAGUGAACGCGUUUAUGUCCAACAGCCUCGUCACUGACCUGGAGGGGCUGUCCCUGUCUGACGACGUCCUCGCGCCUGCAACUAUUUCUCCUUCGAGCUCCAUGAAAACGUUUGAGUUGCUGCACAGAAUCACAGGGGAGGGUUUGUCGGUGGAGUACUGCUUUAGCCGACAGCCCUUUAGCCCUGAUGCUAACAUGGUCGCAGUUCAGAUCCAUUUCACAAACAACUCCUCGUCUGACGUGUCCAACCUGCAUGUGGAGGACGCUAAGCUCCAGUCCGGCAUGAGAGUCAAGGAGUUCCCCGAGAUCGAGGUGCUCGCCGCUGGAGACACGACCACAGCUGUGAUGGGGAUCGACUUCUGUGACUCAACUCAAGCAGCAAACUUCCAGCUCUGCACAAACUCCAAGAAAUUCUUUGUGACGAUCCAACCGCCGGUGGGAGAGCUGAUGAGGCCUGUGUUUAUGACAGAGAACGAGUUUAAAAAGGAACAAGGUCAGCUGAUGGGCAUGAAUGAGAUCUCAGAGAAACUGACGCUGGAUUCAAACUGUCGGAACGAACACUCCAUCGUCCAGAGAGUGACGACCGCUGCCAACCUGAGCCGCGUGCCUUGUGGCUCCGACAACGAGUGCAGUCCUCCUGUUCCUCCUCCUGAAUUUCCUGUUCACAGAUUCGCCGCUCGAACCGUCACCAGCAACAGCCUGGUCCUGGUCACUGUGGCGACCAAACCGGAAGGAGCAGCGCAGCUUACAGUCAACUGUGACAAAAUGUUGAUCGGUACGAUGUUGGUGAAAGAAAUCCUGCAAGGUCUGACACAGUGAAGCGUCCCGGGAUAGUAACUGCGCCCCCUGUCUGCAACUUUGGACAUGUACUGCUCCACUGCACCUGUAGCAUUAUAUUUAUUUAUUUAUUUUAGCGAGAAAGACAACAAGGCUUAGCUUAUAUGUCAUAAAUCAAAUGUUUGGGUUUCAAGAAUGAUUUUUUUUUUUUUUUUAUCACAGUAGCUUUAGAAAGUGGUGACAUUAUUCAGCCCCAAAGACAUGAUUGUUUAAACUAUAAGAUUAAUAUGACAAGUUUCUGGAACAAUCCCAAACAAAUAAUGACAAGAUUUCUUUCAAAAACACUGAUUCUCCCAUAGAGUUUUAUAGGCCCCGCCCUCCAUCUGAAACUAUGACAUCAUCAAAUUCUAUAACAUUAUUGCAAUCUACUGAUUCUUUGCAGUGACAUCACACUGGGGGUGUUCUACUUGUAUCUCUAUGGAGGAAUGUUCAGCAGUUACCAUGACACAAUGCACAAACACUGCCAACAAGUUUUAAUGUGAAAUGCAUGCAACACAUUUUCAGGAGCCUGUGAUCAAUACAAGUGUUCAUAGUCCUGUUUAGGUGUUUUUCAACAAAAAGGUGAGAGUGACUAACGGAAAAACUGUUGGCUAAUGCUAGCUUGCUUGUGACUAUAAUUUUAUAUGUAAGAGACUUGUUUAAGUGCACAAACCAGCUCACCUGUUAUAGUUCUAGCUUUCUGGUCAGAUUGUGAUAAAAUAAGACUCAGAUUAAAGUCUAACAACUUCAGACAGAGCAGUGCCUCAUGUUAGCGUCAUACCCCCAGGGAAAGUUGAUGAAAUCAGCUGCAAUGUGUCAGUAAGAAAAACAGUAGGGUGGAAUAGGCCUAAAUCCCUUUUUUUUCUUUCUUUUUUUCUCUUUUCCUGAAAUAGAUUUUGAAAAGGGUGUUUUGGUUAAUUCACCUACAGUAACGACUCCAAGCACUGGACAUAUGGCUCAGGUUGUGUCGUCUUAAAAUGCUAACAAUUAAUUGAACUAAACAAAACAACCAAAACUAAGCACAAAACAUGCUUUUUCACAACACACACACAGGUCUAUAUCAAAGUCGACAUAAAUGGCACUGUACCUGAUUUUUACUGCCUCACAAACGUGAAAAACAGAACUAGUUCAUUUGAAACAUUUUGCAGUGGUCCAAAGUUAUUCCUCAUUUUAUUCCUCAAGUUUAUAAGCGCUUUUCACAACUUUCAGAGACCAGAGUGGAGUUUUGCUGUGCUCUGUAUAAUUAGAUGCAGACCGCGCACAUUGAACUUAUUUUGACCCUGCGGAUAAGACAAACAGUGGCAAAAAAAUCUGGUACAGACCCUUUAAAUAAUUUACAUAGUAGUAAGUAUAUUUUUGGACAUAUCACCAUAGUUAUUUUUCAAAACCCAAUGUAAUUUCAAUGUAGCAUGGAGCGAAAAACAUCAGAUUCAACCUUAUUCACUUGCCUUUAGCCUUUAGCUUACACAUUUUUUGCACACUUCCCCAAAAGGGCAGGACAGGAGGGUGCUUCAAAUCUUGUACAAAAGUUGCUCUAUAUGUAAAAAGUACUACAAGUGUGGUGUGUGCAUGAAUGUGUGUCUGAGAAUAUAAAAUCAAUAUUGUCCACAAAACCCAAGCCUACAAAACAGAUACUGUUAUGAAUUCAUUUUCAUUUUUUCUUGUCUUUUAAAUGGCCUUUUUAUGUUUAAAGCCAAGCAUCACCUGGCAGCUUCUGUUUUUGUUACAAACCUUAAUGUGUUGAAUGUUUUUGAAUGUAAUCUGUAAUUUAUUUAUUUUUAUUAAAAUUGUACCGGCUAGUCUAUCCUUCAAAACCAAAGAGCAGUUACUUUUCUAAAUGUGUAUGAGGUUGGGAUUUUGAAGUAUUUACAAUUAAUUUAAAGUUAUGAAAAAAACUGAUUAGUUAAAGAUGCACUAUGUAACUUUUCUGGUGGAGACAUCGCCACAUGCUUGACUCCAUGGAGAUGCCAUUACUUUGCCUGGAAUGUUCCACAGUAGGGCAUGAAACUGAUUUACCUGGCAUUUAUUCAAUAAUUUAAACACACUCAAAAAUACUUUAAAAGACACUAUGAGCAGGGUCGCCUCUCCACAGAUCUGACCUCUUGUGUUGACAUGUCUUCCUGCCUGGACACUGGAGAUGGUAGAGGCCGAGGAAAGUGAAGGGGAUGAUGCGCAGGUAAACUCAAGCGGUGAGGUAGAUGGGAGUGCAGUUAGGUCUUCCAGGCUGAAUUUAUACUACCUCCAUUUCUACUAUUUAGCCAGAAAUAGACUAAAUUGCACAGUUGCUUCCCUCUCCACAAACCUGACUCUUACUUGUUCCGGAGAAGGGCUUGUUUCCAUGGAGAUAUUCUUUUGGUUAAAAUAUUCCACAGUAUGGCAUCUCUAUCUCCAUGUUGAAUUUUAUGUAGUAUGGUUUUAGCUUUCUAUUUCCAUGAAAUUAAGCAGGUGACGUGCCACCUCAAGAAAGUUGCAUACUGUACCUUUAAAAUUGAAACUUAAAAUUAUUCACUUGUUUUUGGAUUCAUUUCUUAAUUCAAAUUUUAUGUAUCUUUAUACACACAGUUUGCAAAGUUUGAAGACCGUUACCUGAUUGUAAGUGUUGUAAUUUGGUUUUGAAGGGUUGCACAUAACCAAAGCAUUACAUUACUGUUAAGAUAUCAGGUCAGAGGUCAAUUAGACAAACACUAGUUAAUUUCACAUACAAUAGAACUCAUAGUCACUGCAGUACAGGGUUUAUGAAUGUACAAACUCCUCCCAUCAGUCUGUGGGCUCCUCCUCUGUGUGUGAACUGUGCUCCUGAAGUAGUCUAUUUAUUAUACAAAUAAAGUUAUUCAAAAGCCA